AUGGCAGAUUUGCGAAAUCGCCUCAAAACCAUGCAGAAAGAAAAGGGGAAGGAAAAGACAUCACCUACAGGAUCAAGUUCCAUCAUUAUAAGAGAUAGGCCAGAACAGAUGAUGCUCUCAAAUCCACUAGAAUCUUUUCUAAAGGAUUUAAGCACUCAGAAACCCGACUCUGUUAUCCAACAACCUGAUCCUUUGAAAAAACAGACUUUUCUUUCAAUAGAACAAGCUCCUCAGGAUCCUCAGGAUACUGAAACAGAAUCUUCAGUAUCCUCUUCCUCCUCUUCAGUUGAUACCUUCCCUAUUGCACCAAUUACCUCAUCAAUAUUCAUGGCUGACUCUCUAGACGAUGAUAUGGAAUCAGAUUAUUCUGACCCAGAAAUAGGCCAGACAAGCAAGCCCACUCAUCAGCCUCAUCUGUGCUCCCUUGCCCUCCCUCGCCUCCACACGUGUCGAAACGUGUCGAGAAAAGUUGAUCACGUGUCAGAAAAUCCGACACGAGUUGACCGCGUGUUCGACAUGAUCGGACACGACAUGGAAGCACGAGCAACGUGGCCAUGCUUCAUAGCUGAUACCAACAUCUCCAGCUGGACGCACAAGCAAAAUAUCGAUUUUCCUGCGAUGGCACUGCCCAUUGACACAUCAACAAUGAAGUUCGAGGUGUUUCUGAGUUUUAGGGGAUCAGAUACUCGAGACAACUUUACCAGUUGCCUCUAUCAUGACAUGAUCGAGAAAGGCAUCCGUGUCUUUAAAGAUGAUGAAGAGCUCCCAAUCGGUCAAAAGAUUGAGGAGCUUUUGCAAGCCCUCAACGACUCUCAAAUUUAUAUCCCCAUCUUCUCAGAGGACUUUGCUUCUAGUGCGUGGUGUCUCCGUGAGAUCGCAAGAAUGGUAGAUUGCACUUCAAAAUCAAAUGGAAAGAAAGAGAUACUCCCCGUUUUUUUCAAUGUGGAGCCAGACGAUGUCAAGCUCAAAACUAAAAGGUACACGGAUGCCCUGUCUAAGCUUCAGGAAAAGUAUCCACCCGAUGAAGUGAAGCACUGGGGAGAUGCUCUCGUGGAGGUUCCAACUAGAGUAGGUUGGAAGCUGAAAGGACACGGGUAUGGGGAACUUGUAAAAUCGAUUGUUCGAGAGGUUCAACUUAAGCUGACGAGGAAGAACAGAUAUCUUCCUGACCAUCUAGUUGAAACGGAUGAUCUAGAACAAAUAGAGGAAUUGUUGGAUGUUGACUCUGAUGAUCAUGUGCAUUUUAUUGUAAUCCAUGGCACGGGUGGUAUUGGUAAAUCUACUCUUGCUAGUGUUAUCUUCAACCGAUUCCGGUCUAAAUUCAAUUGUAGUAGUUUCCUUGAAGACGUCCAACAUCACAGUCUUCUGGACAUGCAAAAGAAACUAUUAUCCGAAACACUGGGCUCAACCUCUACUUACGGAAUGUACGACACCAAUGAUGGGAUCGACCACAUAAGCAAAGGGCUUAGCAACAUGAAAGUUCUGGUUGUUCUUGAUAAUGUGGACGAUAAGAUGCAACUUGAGAAAUUGGCAGGAAGCUACAAUUGGUUUGGUUCUGGAAGUAGGAUAAUUGUCACAGUCAGGGACAUAAGCACAAUACUACAUGAGAAAAACCAAACACGAUGUAACAAUUACAAGGAUUACCCAGUAAAGGAGAUGCCUUUGAAUCCAGCAAUUCAGCUUUUCAGCAAACAUGCUUUUAGAAGUGAUACUCCCCCAAAAGAUUGGUACAAACUCUCAAAAGAAGUCGUUUUAAGCAUAGGAAGGCUACCUUUGACUCUAGAAGUUGUGGGUUCUCACUUUGCCGGCAAGAUCAAAUCGGAGUGGGACAAGACAUUAAAAUCCUUAAAGCAAGCCCCACAUAGGGAUGUUCGAAAAGCACUGAUGAUAAGUAUCGAAAAAUUGGACUCCAUAGAAAAAGCUAUAUUCCUAGACAUAGCAUGUUUUUGCAUUGGGGAGGAUAAGAUGAAAGCAUGUUACAUGUGGGACGAUUGCAGUGCGGUUGAUGUUCUGCUCCUCAUGUCAUUGAUUAAGAUUGAUAAGGAAAAUAAGUUCUGGAUGCAUGAUGAACUUUGGGAUUUAGGAAGGUACAUUGUCAAGAAAGAGAGUUUUGAAGAUGCUGGAAAGCGUUGUUGGGUGGGGAUUGAUGAGAGUAAUUUGGACAUACUGAGGAGCAACGAGGAAAAACGAAAUGUGCGAGCACUCAGUCUAGGUAUUAGUCAUGACUUAAAACCUAAAGAAUUAGCCUAUUUUCCAAAGUUGAAGUUCCUUGGAGGAGAAAGAAUGAAUUUCCUAGGCAACUUCAAAAAUCUUCUUCCUGAUUUGAAAUGGCUUUCUUGGCGUCAUUGCCUGCUAAAUCUUAGAGCGAGAAAUCUUCACCUGGUGAAUUUGGUUGUGCUCGACCUUUCGCAAAGCAACAUUAACGAUGACUGGGGUGGAUGGAGGCAAAUCAAGAUGGCAAAAAAGUUGAAAGUUCUAGAUUUGGCGCAUUGCAGAAAAUUAACCAAGACACCUGAUUUUUCCGAGUUUGGCAAGUUGGAAAAAUUAAUUCUCACUUGGUGUGUGAAAUUGUCAACAAUUGAUAGCUCAAUUGGUAAGCUACAAUUGCUAAAUACUUUGAACAUUGAGGGAUGCAUUUCCCUCCAAGGGUUGCCUGAAGAAAUUGGUUUGCUGAAAUGCUUGUUGGAGAUUAUUGUGCCUUGGACCAGCAAACCAUUCAAGCUUCCAGAGACACUAAGCAAUUUACAUUCUUUGAUGAAGUUUGAAAUUCAAGGUCAUUCUAGUAUCCGCCAACUUCCUCACUCUAUUGGAAUGUUAAUGGAUCUCACACAUUUGCAUUUGCGUAAAUGCCAGAGUCUACAUAAGCUUCCGGACUCUAUUGGAGAGCUACAAUCCUUAGUUGAGUUGGAUUUAGAAUCCUCGGGAGUCUCCAUUCUCCCUGAUUCCAUUGGAAAUAUGAAGAGAUUAAAAGUCAUUAGGCUGGCACACACAAAAAUACACACAAUACCUUGUGCUCUUGGACAAGUAGAGACACUCGAAGUGCUUGAUGCCUCGUUUUGUCCACAUCUGAUGGAUGAAAUCCCAUGGAGAAUGUGGAGUUUGACUCGUUUGAGGAUCUUUGCCUUUGAUGGAACCCCAAUCUCCACAGUACCGGAAAAGAUCAGUAAUUUCUCUAGUCUCCAAACAAUUAUAAUUACAAGCCACCGGCUUUGCCCGUUGCCAGAGCUACCCUCAAGUUUGAAAUGCCUAGUGGUUGAAGCUGCUGAACUCCCUGUUCUUCCCAACCUCUCGAGCCUACUUCACUUAAAUCAUCUCGAAGUGUGCAGAAGACAUCCAAUUAUUGCAUUUUGGAGUGCAAAUGAAGUAAUCUCGCCUUGGAAGGAUGCACAGUCCAUCCAUCAGCUUCCACAUAGCUUAUCAACCUUGAAACUUGGCUGGAUCCCGCAAUUGCCAGAGUUUUCCAACUUCAAAAGGUUGUCGAUUCUAUCUAUCAGUGGAUGUCCAAUGCCACACCUGCCCAUCCUAAAAUACUUGGAGAGGUUAAGGGAAUUAGAAAUAUCGUUGUGCGAAUUCCUAGAGAGCACACCCGAUCUGUCGUGCUUGAAGAGGCUACAAAAGUUACAGCUGAGCGACUUACCCAAAUUGGCGGAGAUUCCAGGUUUGGGGGAACUGGAAUCGUUGAAGUUUCUAUACAUCACCAUGUGUAAUGUGAUCAGACAAUUGCCUUAUCUGUCGAAGUUGAAAAAUCUACAGCAUCUCAAACUAGAUGGUUGUGAAAAGAUAAGAGCCGUCGAAGGUCUGGAAGAACUGAACUUUUUGAAGAAGGUGGAGAUCGAACAUUGCAUGUGCCUCAAAAGGCUACCCGAUGUGGUCGCAACAUCAAGUGGGAGACAGCAUGGUAGGACAUAUCAACCUGAAGCAGAAUGCAUCAUCCCGAAAGCGUUGGGACUUCCAAUUAGAGCACAUCAUGUCGGGUUCAAGCUAGUGCACGCUAUCGACUCCAACUCCGUCCGUCCUCGCCAUCGACUCCAACUCCGUUCUCUCGCCGGUGACAUCGUUGCUCACCUCGCCGUCGACUCUGACUUCGUCCUCCCUACAGUCGACGACUCCACCGGAUCCGAUCGUGUCGAACCCAUAUCGGGUUCGUCUCCGAGAUCGGAACCCGCGGCCCUUUCUGUGAAUCUCCGAACCCGCGCGUUGUUCUCUGAGCAAUUCGCCGUCGACUGCGCCUCUCCUGCUGAAAUAGCAGCAGAGCUUCGUCGAGGAGGAUCGGGUCGGCCACUUUUGUUUGAUCUAGCGGCAUCGACCUCGUCAAGGUUGAACCUCCGCCACCGACUCAUCGACUGGGGGCCUUUCGAUCGAGUCCUCCGCAAGUUCCGCGAGGAGGACUAUCGAGCCAUUGUCUGGGUCCGAGCUCAAUUCGAAGAUUCUUGA